CUGGAUGUUUUUGACCAUUUGAUCUGUGUUGUUCCACAAACCACAAUGUUACUCCUAAUACCGUGUGGAGUUCGAAACGACAAUUCACCGUUGAGCCGAUCUCUCAUCCUUCUCCGACAUCAGACUUGACAUAGCACCAGUGAAGGCAUCAGGUGACAGAUAGACUCCACUGUCACUGUAACUCAGCGGAAGAAGCCUUUCUCUCUGUACUUCUUGUUCUCGCCUCUCAGUUUCUCAGUUGCACUUGAUGGUCCACUGAGUAAAACCCAAAAGCGGAAGCGUUUCUCUUUGGCAAUUAACAGGGUUUCAUAACUAAUCAUGAGGCUUUUUGAUGGGUGGAGAACUUUUCGAAGAAUACCUUACGAAGAAUGGACGGCCAUUCUAAGGAUACCUUACGAUGAGUGGAAAGCUAUUCUAAGGAUACAGAAAUUCCGGAGGAUCGUGUCCUACACUGGAUUCUAUUGCUUCGUUUCCUUAUUGAGCUAUGCCUAUACAAACAAUACAACAAGAGCCGGAAUUUCCAGGGGUGAUCAAUUCUAUGCUUCUUUUCCGGCAGGAACUGAACUACUAACUGACACUGCCAAGUUGUAUAAAGCUGCGCUUGGUUAUUGUUUUGAAGCGGAGGAAUGGGGCCCAAUUGAAUUUGCCGUCAUGGCUAAACACUUUGAUCGCCAAGGAAAGGCACCUUAUGCUUACCACUCUCAAUACAUGGCGCAUCUUCUUUCUCAUGGGCAGCUUGAUGGAAGUGGCUAGUGGAGGUGAAGUGCCAAUAAUCCACUGCACCCAUGUGAAGAUACUAUGGCAGUGAUUACAUAUGCAAUGGAAAUCUUUUAACAACCUUUUUGAAGCUAUGUAAUUCUGAAAGGGGAGCAGCUACUAUCAUUUGAUCUCAUCUUGGGACUCCUUCCUUGUUCUCCAUCUGAACCACUUGUUAUUUUAAGUGAUGUGUGCCAAUUCUGUUACCCAUUUUAUAAUUUUUAAAGAAAUUUAAAUAGGAAUUUACUAUUUGAUGGAGCUUCUGUGUUUAGUUCAAUUCAUUGUGCAGCAUGCAGAUUAAUGCUUUGAAUAA